AUGUCGUCAACUAUCGGUAAAAAAGUACUAUUUUCUAAUUUAUCAUAUAAAACAACGGAACAUACAUUAUCAAAUUAUUUAUCAGCAUAUGGUCCUAUAGACGAAUUAUAUCUACCUAAAGAUGAUCAAGAUCAAUCAUUACGUAAAGGUUUUGUUGUUUAUAGAGAAACAAAUUCUGUGAAUAAUUUAAUGUCAAAACGGCCACAUUUUAUUGAUAAUAGACAAAUUCAUGUACAACGUGCAAUACCAUAUCAAUGUCGAAAUAAUAAUAAUAUUUCUGAAUAUUUAGGAAUAAAUUUAACAGUAAAUGAAAUAUUUAUUAGUCGCUUAUGUUCAGGUGAAAAACGUGAGACCUUUAUAAAUUAUUUUCAAUCCUACGGUGCUAUAGCUGAUUGUCGAGUAUUUAAUUCCUAUUCACCAAAUUCUAAACAAACAGGUUAUGCAUUUUUGCGUUUUGUUGAUUACGAUAGUGUUGAUCAAAUUAUUCUUGCACGACCACAUGUCAUUAAUUCAAAAUAUUAUAAUAUACGAAAAUGUAUACCAAGAGAAUAUAAUUAUAUUAUUUCAUCAGUUAAACCAUUAAGUCAAGGAAAACCAAUGUGGCGUCAUUUUUCAUUUGGAUUAAUUAAUAUGAAAACAAAGGAAAUACUUUAUCCAUCUGUGCCAGCACUUCGUAAACAAAACUCUUCACCAAACGACUUCACAUUAAUUGAUGCACCUGCUAUGACUGCUUCAGUGGAUAAAACACCAGUAAAUAAGAGAUCAACAAAUGAUUUUGAAUUAAUUACAUCAAACUCAUUAUCAUCAAGCAGUAUUUCACUCGUUAAUUCAACAGAUGAUUUUACACCAUUAGCAUCGCCCCUCUAUUCAACAGCUAUUGCAUAUUCAUCACCAAUUAUGGAUCAUGACGAUAGAAAAAUGUAUGAUCUUAUUUAA